AUGGGCAUCCGAAUCACCACCUGGAAUGUGAAUGGCAUCCGGAAUCCCUUUGGGUACCAACCAUGGAGAGACAAAAAGACGUUCCAGGGCAUGUUCGAGACCCUGGAGGCUGACAUUGUUGUACUCCAAGAAACAAAGAUUCAGAGAAAGGACCUACGAGAUGACAUGGUUUUGGUGCCUGGGUGGGACAACUAUUGGAGCCUUCCGAAGCACAAGAAGGGAUACUCGGGCGUCGUCAUCUAUACACGAAAUUCCAGUUGCGCCCCCAUCAAGGCAGAAGAAGGCAUCACCGGCAUCCUCACUCCUCCAAACUCCACCAUAAGCUUCCGAGACAUGCCGGCUGAAGAACAGAUUGGCGGGUAUCCAAAUUACGAGCAAUUGUCCACAUCUACGUGCGAUCCUGCUACCCUCGAUUCAGAAGGUAGAUGCGUUAUUCUCGAGUUCCCAGCCUUCGUCCUCAUAGGCACGUACUGCCCGGCAGAGCGUGACGAGACCCGUACGCAUUAUCGCACGAGCUUUCUCAAUGUCCUGGAUGCGAGGAUUCGCAACCUUGUCAAGAUGGGAAAGAGGGUGAUAUGGACCGGCGACAUAAACAUAUCACGCGAACAAAUCGACAGCGCCGCGGUAGAGGAAAACAUGAAAAAGAACGGCAUUAAUGCUACGGAGUGGAUUUCAACUCCUGCAAGAAGGCUUCUGAAUCAAUUGCUUCUCGGCGGAAAAGUUCAUGGUGAAAGAGACGAAGGGCGAGAGACACCAGUCAUGUGGGAUGUGUGCCGCGCGUUUCAUGAAGGCCGCAAAGGCAUGUACACCUGCUGGGAGACAAAAGUCAAUGCUCGGCCUGGCAACUAUGGGUCCAGGAUUGACUACAUCAUCUGCAGCCACGACAUGAAGGACUGGUGGAGUGAGUCAAACAUUCAGGAGGGUCUGUUAGGCUCGGAUCAUUGUCCCGUUUACGGUGUGCUAAAAGAAAAGCUGAUCCUUGAUGGUAAGGAAGUACACAUUCUGGACAUACUCAAUCCGCCCGGCAUGUUUGAAAAUGGCGUCCGGCAACGACAAUGGUCAACAAAGUGCUUGCUCCCAUUGUCAGGGAAACUGAUUCCAGAAUUCGACAAGAGACAGAGCAUUCGAGAUAUGUUCACAAGGAAGCCAACACUGCAGAAAUCUAAGAGUACCCUUGAGGAAGAUAGGGUAAGCCACCAGGAUUCACCGCAGCCAAUUCCUUCCACAAUCGCAAUCGGGCAGGAAAAGACAUCAUCACAAAAGAAUGAUUGCCCUGGAUUGUCGAAAUCUAUGUCCAACCCUUCCCUCGCUUCGAAACCGGUCAACGGCAAACGCACCGCGAGACCGCAAGAGCACCUCCCAACGGCGAAGCGUGUUAAAUCAGCGUCGCAGGGGACACCCAAUGGCACUGGGAAAGGCCAACAGAGCCUGAAAGGCUUCUUUUCAGCGAAAGUGCCUGCCAACUCCGGCAAAGAACAGCUACACUCCGAAGCCCUCGCAGAAGGCGAUAUGACUCCACUGUCCGCAGUGCCGGUGACAGAUAACGGAGUGGCAGGCAUGGAUAGUUCAACGUCGGGGGCUUCCACGCCCAUAAAAGACCAUGACGCCACUGAUCUUCUACCAGCAGAUAAUACUGCGCGUCAAUCGCCUAGCACAACGACGGUCGUGACUACUUCGCCAGCGAAACCGAAACAAACCUGGGGAAUGCUGUUCUCGAAGCCGGUGGCCCCCAAGUGCGAACAUGACGAGCCUUGCAAGAUCAUGGUAACCAAGAAACCAGGCGUCAACUGUGGUCGAUCAUUCUGGAUGUGCAAUCGCCCCCUGGGCCCUAGUGGGAAACAGGAGAGAGGAACGCAAUGGAGAUGCAACACAUUUAUAUGGGCUAGCGAUUGGGAUACACAUACCCCUGCGUAA